AUGGUCAACACAAGCGAUCAAAAUUCAGAUGAUGAAGAAAUUGAUUUAUGUACACCGGAACUUUAUAAUCAUCGGAAAAAUGGGCAAAUGCAGAAUUCUAAAAAACCUGAAACCGUUAUAAAACCUAAACCAAAAAAACAGAAAUUUCAGUCGCAUUUAUUAAAACUGGAACAAGAAUAUAACGGUUUAACAACUAUGGUCAAUGAAAACUGCAUACGCGUAAAAAAAUCAGAUGGUGGAAAUUUUUGUAUCAAAAUUCCCGAAAUGAAAACAGCAAGUGAUUAUUUGGUUAUUCAAAAAUACAAAACUUCGGACAUGGAAAAAGUAGAGUCAAAAGACAGGUAA